UUGUUUCAGGUAAUUAUUGAUUCACAGCCUCUGACAGUGGCUAUACUUGCUGCUUUGUUAUUUGGUGAGUCUAUUGGAUUCGUUGGAGCUGCAGGGCUUGUACUUGGGGUUAUAGGUCUUUUGCUUCUUGAGUUGCCUGCCCUAACAUUUGAUGAAAGAAGCUUUUCACUUUGGGGAAGUGGAGAGUGGUGGAUGCUUCUUGCGGCACAAAGCAUGGCAGUUGGCACAGUUAUGGUCCGUUGGGUUUCCAAGUACUCAGAUCCAAUCAUGGCUACUGGAUGGCAUAUGGUUAUUGGUGGCCUCCCUCUGGUGGCUUUCUCAGUACUUAAUCACGAUCCUGCCCUUAACGGGAGUUUGAAGGAGCUUACUUCAAGUGAUGUUUUGGCACUGCUAUAUACCUCGGUUUUUGGAAGUGCCUUAAGCUAUGGUGUGUACUUCUAUAAUGCCACAAGAGGCAGCCUUACAAAGCUCUGCUCUCUAACCUUUUUGACUCCCAUGUUUGCUUCAAUAUUUGGGUUCAUAUAUCUUGGUGAGACCUUCACACCUGUUCAAUUGGUCGGUGCACUGGUAACUGUGGGAGCAAUUUACAUGGUUAACUAUAAAAGCGAUGAAGCGUGAAAUCUCGUUAGUUGGAUCAAUUCUUCUACAGACGUUUGAACUUUGAACAAUCUAAUCUGUCAAGUCAGGAUAGGAGGCCAUUGAACAACAAUACCUCACGUGUGCGAAAACAGGAGCAAGGAGCAGGUUUUUUUUUUUUUUUUUUUUUUUUUUUUACUUGUACAUAUUUCCAUAUGCUGUAAAUAAAAAUGGCACUUUGGGUGCUAUUAAUAGGCUGAAAGAAGCACUUGCAAAAGUGAAGAAUAUAUAUCUGUCAAGUUUUUACAGUGUAGUUAGAAUUUUGGGAAGGAGCUUAAGAUUGUAAAGUGUCUAAAGACUAGUCCUCUCUGAAAUUCAAUGAAGGCCAUUUCUGUA